GUUAUCUUCGUCCUCUUCUCCCUUCUCCUCCUUUUGGUUCAUGGGUCCCCAUCCAUGAAAGAAGAAGAAAAAGAAGAAGAAGGAGGAGGAGGAGAUGGUGGAGGAGCUACAAUGGAGAGUGAGGAGCUAAUGGGUCUUUUUGAAGUUAUGGGGGACCUCUUAGAAGACCCCACAUGGGCUGAGCUCCACCCACACCCUUGCACAGAUACUCCAUGGCCUGGGAUCCAGUGUGAGUUGAGCCAAACCCCACUAACCCAACCAAAGCAAGAAGAAGAAGAAGAAGAAGAAGAAGGAGAAGAAGAAGAAGUGCAAAAUGGUAAUUUCCUCCAUGUGACCAAGCUCCACAUUGGCCCUGAUGUUGCCUCCCCUCCUUGCAAACCCUUUGCUAAGCUCUCCACCUCACUCCUCAAACUCCCUUAUCUCAAAACCUUCUCUUUGUUCAGUUGCUUCCUCUCCCCCACUGAGGUUUCCCUCCCUCCCUUUCUCUUCACCAACACUUCAAUUUUGGAGCAGUUGGUUAUCAAGUCCAACCCAGGUUUGAGUGGAAGCAUCCCACCAAGCUUAGCCAUGGUGAGAAACUUGAGAGUGCUUAGCCUCUCACAAAACAACCUCCAUGGGGCCAUUCCAAAGGAGCUUGGUGCACUGAAGAGGUUGGAGCAAUUGGAGCUGAGUUACAACCACCUAACAGGUCAAAUCCCUCUAGAGUUUGGUGGGUUGACAAGUUUGACCAUCUUUGACCUCAGUUGGAAUGAGUUGGAAGGUCAAAUCCCUUGGUCUUUGGGUCAACUCCAAUCCCUUCAAAAAGUUGAUCUCAGCUUCAACAAGCUCUCUGGGACAAUGCCCAUUGAUUUGGGUAAGUUGGAGAGGUUGGUUUUGUUGGAUUUGAGCCAUAACAUGCUCACAGGGCCAAUCCCAGAGACUUUGUCGAGUUUAAAGGAGUUGGAGUACCUACUAAUGGUGGACAACCCUAUAAACACAACCAUGCCUUUGUUUAUUGGGGAUUUAAACAAGUUGAUUGUGUUGGGUCUAUCAGGGUGUGGCCUGUUAGGGCCAAUACCCACAAACUUGGGCUCUUUGUGUAACCUCACUGCUCUAUCUUUGGAUAGAAACAAACUCAAUGGGUCAAUCCCCACAAGUUUGGGUGCACUUCCACAGUUGGGUCAACUUAACUUGAGCCAAAACCAGCUUACUGGGGAGAUAAGCUUCUCUAGUGAGUUUGUGAACAAGCUUGGGAGAAGAUUGGAUGUUAGGGAUAACAAGGAUCUGUGCAUAGAUUUGAACAAGUAUAAGAAGAACAUUUCUUUCUAUUUUGAAGCUCCACCUUGUGCAUUGGACUCUUCUUCUAAUAACAAGCCUAGUAGUAGUAACAGGUCAUGGGUUGAUGAAGAGGGUGGAGUGAGCCCUGCUGUUUUGGAGUCCAAGCCAUUUUCUAGUAGCAGUAAGGGAGGAGAGUUUUGCUUGUUAGGGUUUGGGAUGUUAAGUUCUCUAACUUUGGGUUUUUGUAUUUUUGUAUUAUUUAGUUUGAGGGGGUUUUAG